AUGAAUCCUCCGGCCUUUUCAGGAAGUGCAGACCCGAUUAUGUUAGAGAAUUGGAUACAAGAGAUUAAAAAGAUCCUGACACUACUACGCUACACCGAUGAGCAAAGAGUUAUGUAUGCCACGUUCAGACUGAAAAGGGAGGCUGAGCGUUGGUGGUCUACAGUGAGGCUCCUAGAGGAGCAGAGACCUAUACCAAUAGCCCUGACUUGGGGAAGGUUUAAGGAGAUCUUUUUCGACCGUUAUUUUCCCUCCUCCGUCAGAGAUGCAAAGAUGGAGGAGUCUUUGAAUUUGACUCAGGGACAUCUGACAGUGCCACAGUAUACUGCUAGAUUUGUGGAUCUAUCUCGUUUUGCCCCAUUCAUGAUCCCAAAUGAGUUCAAGAAGGCACAGAAAUUUGAAAGAGGGCUAAGACAGGAGAUGUAUGAGUAG